AUGCCUAUCCCAAAAAAUCUGGAGCAGUCGCUAUUGUCGGCAGACUCGGCACCACCAAAAACACCACACACCUCGCCAAAAUCACUGCACACCACCACAAGGAGGAUGAUGCCGCCGCGCGAAGGAUCGUGCCGGCGUUCUGAGAAGGCGAUUGUGUUGGUGCCGGCGGGCGAAGCAUUUCGGUGGGCGACGCGAUCUGUGGUUGUGGCCGAGAGAGAGUUCUCCUCCGGCGAGCGACGCACUUCGGGUCGAAUUCUGAAAAGAGCUUUUAGCAAGUUGAAGCUUGAGCAUGUGGUGAUCGAGAAAGGACAGUUUAAGCAAGAAAGAACCAAGGUAGAUAGAAGUGAUGUCAUGACGGAAGAGGAACUGCUAGCGCUUCUUCGAGAUGAAGAAGACGGAAAUGAUAAGUGGAUACAAACGAGCAUUAGUGACGAAAAUCUGGAGAAAAUUUUGGAUCGCAACGAUCUGAUUGUGAAUUCUUCAGAUGACAAAAACCAUGAGACAAAGCCGACCCCUAUUCCUCUUAAAGGACCUGGUUGGGAAGUUGUUAUCCUAACAGCAACUGGUGGAAUGUUGUCGACCCUCAACAGUUGA